UUUCUUCUAGAUAGGUAGAUUAGCGGUUGCUGCAAAACAGGCUAGGCGUCUCUAUCCAUCCCUUACGCUGUCCGCUCUCCUGUUGCUGUCGAACUUUGUCUUUUUUGUUAUUUUAUUUCUACGGAGCAGAAAUGUUGUCAUGCAAAAUAGAGCAACGAACUGUUUAUUGUAAAGCUUUAUGAAAGCUUUGAAAUAAUUUGUACGAUGGCCUACCUGAAAAUCCGACCCCGUAAAUAUUUUGUGGCUGUGUAGUUGUGUCUUGGACUGAGUGGUGGAGACCUCCAUGAGGACUGAUCCAUGGACGAGACACAAACAUUUAGAGAUGGAGACUUUUGUCCAGAAAUCAGGUCAGUCAACCAAGAAAGAUCAGAACCCAGUUGUGUGUCCAUAAAGAGUGAAUGGUCAAUGGGAUGCCCUCCGAAAUUCAGUGAUAAAGGCUGUUUUCCUGAUCGCAGAAUUCAUCAAGAGAAGUCAGACAGAGAAACUGGACAAAACAACUGGAAAAGAUCGCAGAGAAUCAGCAUCAGAGACCAAGACAAUGCAUCUCAAGUUGACAGUGUCGUUAAAAGGAAACUAAACUUGAAGUUUCAGUGUUUAUAUGAGGGAACUCCAAAGCAAGGAACCCAGACACUCCUGAAUGAGAUCUACACAGAGCUCUACAUCACAGAAGGUCAAAGUGACAGCUGUAAUGAACAUGAGGUGAGACAGAUUGAGACACAAUCCAGGAGAGCAGCAACAGAGGACACAGCGAUCAAAUGCAAUGACAUUUUUAGAUCUUUACCUGGACAAGACAAACCCAUCAGAAUUGUGCUGACAAAGGGAGUCGCUGGCAUUGGAAAAACAGUCUCUGUGCAGAAGUUCAUCCUGGACUGGGCUGAAGGGAAAGACAAUCAGGACAUCCACCUCAUAUUUCCACUUCCUUUCAGAGAGAUCAAUUUGAUACAAGAUCAAAAACUGAGCCUUUUAGACCUUCUUCACAUGUUUUUCACAGAAAUAAAAGAAUUGGAUAUUUCCAGCAGUGAAUAUAAAGUGUUGUUCAUCUUUGAUGGUCUGGAUGAGUGUCGUCUGUCUCUGGAUUUUCAGAGCGAUGUGAGGUUGUGUGAUGUGACUGAAUCAGCAUCAGUGGACGUGCUGCUGAUGAACCUCAUUGUGGGGAAUCUGCUUCCCUCUGCUUUCAUCUGGAUCACCUCCAGACCAGCAGCAGCUGAUCUCGUCCCCUCUGAGUGUGUCCAUCGAGUGACAGAGGUACGAGGCUUCAGUGAGCCACAGAAGGAGGAAUACUUCAGGAAGAGAAUCAGUGAUCAGAGUUUGGCCAACAGGAUCACCUCACACCUGAAGUCGUCAAGGAGCCUCUACAUCAUGUGCCACAUCCCAGUGUUCUGCUGGAUCUCAGCCACUGUUCUGGAGAUGUUGUUGAGUCCAGCAGAGAGAGGAGAGAUUCCCAAGACUCUCACUCAAAUGUACACACACUUCCUGAUCCUUCAGACCAACAUCAAACAUGAGAAAGACUAUGCGAAGACAGUGAAAGAUGGAGACAUGAUCCUCAAACUGGGGAAACUGGCUUUUCAGCAGCUUGUGAAAGGAAAUCUGAUCUUCUAUGAGGAAGACCUGAGAGAGUGUGGCAUUGAUGUGACAGAAGCAUCAGUGUACUCAGGAUUGUGCACUCAGAUCUUCAGAGAGGAGUUUGGGUUGUAUCAGGGGAAAGUCUUCUGUUUUGUUCAUCUGAGCAUCCAGGAACAUCUAGCAGCUCUAUAUGGACACUUGUCAUUCAUAAAUGACAACAUAAAUGUGUUUGAUCUGAUUAACAAAGAAAGGUUGAUGUCAAAAUGUUUUAACUUAAUUAAAUGUAAUUCCUCACAACAGAUUUUGAUAUCAAAUCUUCAUCAGAAAGCUGUGGAUAAGACAUUACAUAGUAAGAAUGGACAUUUGGACCUUUUUCUCCGUUUCCUUCUGGGUUUCUCACUGGACUGCAAUCAGACUCUUUUACAAGGCCUUCUAACACAGACAGGAAACAGCUCGCAUAAUAAAGAGAAAACAGUUCAGUACAUCAAAAAGAAGAUUAAGAAGAAUCCUUCUCCAGAGAAAUUCCUUAAUCUGUUCCACUGUCUGAAUGAACUAGGUGACUGUUCACUAAUGGAGCAAAUUCAACAUUAUGUGACAGCUGGAACAGUAAAUAAAGUGAAACUGUCCUCUUCACAGUGGUCAGCUUUAAUAUUUGUUUUGUUGACAUCAGAGCAAGAUAUGAAUGUGUUUAAGCUCAAAGAUUUUGUUGGAUCACAAAUUAAAGCUGAUGAAGUUCUUCUAAAGCUGCUGCCUGUGGUAAAAGAAUACAGAUCAGCUCAGCUGAAUAAUUGUGGUGUCACAGAUGAAGGUUGUGCUGCUCUGACUUCAGCUCUGAGAUCAAACCCCUCACACCUGAGAGAACUGAAUGUAUCUGGGAAUAUACUGGGAAGUUCAGGAGUGAAGCUGUUUUCUUCUGGACUAGAGAAUCAUCACUGUAAACUGGAGAAACUGUGGUUGAGGUAUUGUGAAAUUACAGAUGAAGGUUGUGCUGCUCUGGCUUCAGCUCUGAUAUCAAACCCCUCACACCUGAGAGAACUGGAUCUGUCAUGGAAUAAACUAGGAGACUCAGGAGUGAAUCUGCUCUCUGAUGGACUGAAGGAUCCUCAGUGUAAACUCGAGAAACUGUGUUUGAGCAGUUGUGAUGUCACAGAUGAAGGUUGUGCUGCUCUGGCAUCAGUUAUGACAUCAAACCCCUCACACCUGAGAGAACUGGACCUCUCAUGGAAUAAACUAAGAGACUCGGGGGUAAAGUUGCUCUCUGGUGGAUUGGAGAAUCCUCACUGUAAACUGGAGAUAUUGUGGUUCAGUGGUUGCGGUGUCACAUAUCAUGGAUGUGCUGCUCUGGAUUCAGCUCUGAAAUCAAACCCCUCACACCUGAGAGAACUGGAUCUGACUAAAAAUAAACUGACAGACUCAGGAGUGAAGCUGCUGUCUGCUAUAAGAAAUAAUGCUGAUUAUAAACUGGAGACGCUGCGGUUGUAGAUGGCAGUCUAAUCUCAUCAGAACCAGUUAAUGGAGAAUAAGAAGUGACAUCAGAGAGUCCAAACUCAACAAAGUACAUUGGAGACACAGUGAACCUGUGUGUGUGAAUAGACUAAUUUCUUGAAAAGUUAAACAUUAUUUUUGUGUUGACCACAAGGUGCAAGCUUUUAAACUAGGGAUGUGCAUCUCCAUAACUGAGGCCGCUGCGAUACGCAUCUCGAUGCAAAGCCAACAAAACGAUACAUCGAAGAUACAUAUGAAGGAGCUAGCGAUGCGAUACGAUUCACCCCUAUUACGAUGCAGUGUGAUUUGAUUCAACACAAUGCAAUUCGAUGCAAUGGAAAAAAUAUUUUUUUCCAUUGCAGACAGCAAAUCAUAAAUUAACUUAUGUGUCUUCUGACUUCUAACGCCUCGAGGCCUGUUUCAUAAAACAAGUUUACCAAAUAGGCCAGGCUUAUUUCAGUUAGUCUGACUCACUGUCAAAUGAUUUGGUUCCAUAAACCGAGCCAGCAGACUUAUGUGGGGCCCAGAUGGGUGGCACCAUCUAACUGAGGCCCAGACAGUUUUGUCCUCGGUUUCCAUGAGGGCCCCACAUGGGUCAGCCCAGAUGAAACAAUGAAAUGAACACUGCUCAGUAUGCAUACUACAGAGUGCUAAAAUAAGACUGAAGCAGCACUGCAGUUCAUUAGAUAAUUAAGUGAUUAAUCUAGUACUGAUUGAGCAUUAGUGACAAACACCUACUUAAGAAAAAAGAGACGAGCAGAAACACAAGAACUACUAUAGACUUCCAGCCACAGCCUGCAAAACAACUGCAAAUAAAAGACAUUAAAUCUCUGAAGAUCUCAGCAGAGGAGGAUUAAACAACUCCACAAACAACAUCACUUAUUACUAACCAGACUGACGUUAUUUCUGUCAGACGUCUAGUGAAGCACUUAUUGAAAAAUACAGAGGUUAAGAUGUUGAUGUUUUAUUGAAAAAUAUAUUUGUCACCAUUAUGGAAAAUAGCGUUUGUUUUAGUUGGGCGGUUGGCCCUUAACAUUUUAACAUUAGUUUUUCUCUGGCUGCUUUGACUGUGUUUGUUAUGGCAAGACAUGCAAGAAAAACCGAUGACAUCAUGUAAUAGCCUCUAGUAACACUUGACAUACGAGUCCACAUAUUGACAUUUAACAGUGCAGAAGAAUAUUAAAAUAUAUCUUUCACAAAAUGCUUUGAACUCCUGUGUCCCAUAAACACACACAGACAUCAAGAAUCAGUGUAUGAAUAUCAACAAUGGUGACAUGAUUCAUGCUGCAAUGCAUUCUGGGUGCAGCACACAAAAGUCAUCCAUGGUUCCCAGCAUGCAUUACAGCAUGAAUUGUGUCACCGUUGUUGAGAUUCAUACACUGAUUCUUGUGUCUGAAAAAAUCGACAAUUAAAAAUCCAAAUUCAGAAUAUCCAAUCUGUUUUUUUCUCAGGGUUAGUAAUGUAAGAAUGUAAUUUGUUAAUAAUAUCAAGCCACUUCCAAACAUUAAUGAGCGAGACUGCUUUAUAAUGUUAAAAUCUGUAUGACUAUCAAUAAACAACCAACUGCUCCAGGUGUGUGUGUGUUUUCUUUGCAAACAACAAUGUGUUUACUAAAUACAUUGUUGCAAAUCAAACAAACACAAAGAGUAGCAUGAGAGUCAAGAGCUCUAUUAAAGCAAACGUUAUUCACCAUAAUGGUGACUUCAAACCAAACUUACUUUCAAUAAAACAUCAACAUCUGAACCGCUGUAUUUCUCAAUAAGAGCUUCUCUAGACAAUCUGACAGAAAUAACGUCAGUCUGGUUAGUAAUACGUGAUGCAGGUGAUGCUGUCUCACCUGCAUUAACGUCUCAAAUGCAUUAAACAGCACAUAUAUUCACUCCAUGAUCGACAUUAAGGGCUGCUUAAGAAUAAGCGUGCACAAAUUAGUUAGAUUGUGUGAACUUACAUUGUCGUUUAUAACUGCUUUAGCCCCGAUUGAUUUGUUAGGCUAUUUCAAGUCAGGUUUUGGACUUUAAUCUCCGCUUUUCCUCAGGUCUCCGUAGUGUUGUUGUGAUUCGUCAUAUUCACGCACAGCGGUGAUGAGAGAAUGCGCUUGAGAAACAGUUUCGAGAGGAGAAAUCAAUCUAAAAUAUUGGUCACAGAUUAUUGGUCGCUUUAUAAACAAUAAAAGUAUUGCGCAUCCACUAGUAAUUAUAUAUAAAUAAAUCGUUUUUUUAAAUUGUUUUUUUAGAAACGAUGCAUCCCGAUACGAAUGCCAACUUGUAUCCGAUGCACACUUUUUAAACCGAUGCAUCACAUCAUUAACUUUUUUUGCCGAUGCCCCGAGCGAAUCGUGCAAUAACAAUUUUAAGAUUUUGUGUAUUUUAUUUGUGAACUGGAGUUCAGAGACAGAUGCGUUAUGUUUAAUUUCACCAAGCUCACUAUAAACCACCGCACUCACAAAUCAUUAUUUUAAGUGAUAUCGAAGUGGGUGAGUUAUAUUCUGUUUGGUUUGCAGAUGCAGAAUGCUGGUGUCACUGUUGAAUAGUUUCACUAAAAAAAAAAAAAAAAAAAAAAGUGAUUUACUGUUUAAUUCCAUAUUUCUUUAUGUUUGCUUUGAUUGAUUUUUGUACUGUGGAUUAUUUUCUUAUCCAAUUUUUCUAAGAGGUUACCACCUCCCUUGCCUCCUUGGAGAGAAAGUCCCAGCACCAAUGUCAUGAUGUGAGCUCAGUUGAGACACAUAGUUGCCAAUGUAUUUAUUUGUGGGAGGCAGUAAAGUUUCAGAAAUCAGAAUGAACAUUUUUGAAGAAUUUUUGUUAUUUUUACCCAAACUGUAAUUUAUGUAGAUUACACUGUUUAUUAUAAUGGUUACUCUUAAAAAUCGAAUUAUUUGCAGUGUUUAUCAGGGCUAUAUUAGUGAAUCUGUAAUGAGUGUUAUUAAAUUUAUCUGUCUAUUUGA